AUGACCACGCCCAAGACGGAGAUCUACUUUGCAACAAGAAAGACCGCCAGCGCCCACGUCUACAUAACCAAGGGCAACGGCAGGAUCAGGAUAAACAACGUGCCGGUGGAGAUGAUCGGACACGAGAUGUCCCGGGAAGCAAUCCUGGCUCCGCUGGAGAUAGCAGGAGACCUCAGAACCAGGGUGAACAUAUCUGUCCGGGUAAGGGGCGGCGGCUACUCGGGGCAGGCCAGCGCCGUGGCGACUGCCAUAUCUCGGGCGCUAACAGGCUGGACCAAGAGCAAGAAGGAGCCCAGGGAUCACCCGUUUCCCAAAUCCAUCAGGGAAGACCUGCGAAAGAGAAUCUCGGUAUAUGACAAGUAUCUGAUCAGCGGCGACGCCAGGAUGAAGGAACCCAAAAAGUUCGGCGGCCCCGGUGCAAGAAGACGAAAGCAAAAGUCCUACCGUUAG